AUGGCGCCCUUAUACAGUGACCAUCCCGAUCACGACUCGGACUACCCACAGUCCGAGGAGAAGGGACCAAUCUUCAUUGUGAGCGAAAUCCAAGCUGCCGAGGCCAACGAAGCUGCACCUCAUCCCCGUGCCUGCCACCAUAAGGCACGACGAACUCGCCCCUGUUUCGCCCGAGCUCUGAGGAAAGGACUCUGUGCUUUCGCGUUCACAGCUUUCACCGUUUACCAUCUCGGACUAUUCAACGGCUCGACUGCUGGAGACCACACGCCCCCGCACGCUGAGGCUUCCCCGCUUUGCCAGUCCCAGGAAUGUAUACAUGCGGCAUCGAAUAUUCUUUACAAUCUUGAUGCCAACUACGAGGAUGUGGAUCCCUGUACCGACUUCGACCAGUAUGUCUGUGGCGGCUGGCGGGAAACCCACGAUAUGCGGCCCGAUCAGGGCUCGAUCUUCGCGGGUACAAUUAUGGCAGAGAAUGCCCAGACUCGGCUGCGCCAUAUUUUGGAACGUAGUGAGCCACCAGAGCCGUCCGAUGCAGACAACUUCAAGAAGCUUAAAUCUGCAUACGAUGCGUGCUUGGACGAGGCUACUGUCACCAAGCGAGGCAGUAAGCCUUUGACUGACAUUCUCGACGAAUUGAAGAACAUCUACCCUGCAAAGACGGGACUCGUGAAAGGGGCGCAAGACCACCUGACAAACGCUCUGCUGUAUCUGAUGAACGCUGGCGUGGACGCUUUGGCUUCCUCAGGUGUCACUCCUGACGAUCGAGACCCUGACAAUGUUGUGAUCAUGGUUUCCCCCCCUCGGGUAAUCGGACUUCCCGCCAGAGAAUACUACAACAACACCAAGACCGUGGCUGCCUACACAACCACCUUGAAAGAAGUCGUUCGUGGUCUUGCUGGUGAUGGGCUCGACAAAGUCGCCGAGGAUGUUGUGGCCUUUGAAAAGAAGCUUGCAGAUGUGACCCCGGACACUCAAACCCAAGAAGACGUCACCAAGUACUACAACCCCCUCAGCAUCAAGGAAACUGAGGCCCUGGUGCCCGAGAUAUCCUUUGCGGAUAUCAUUACCUCCUUGGCACCCCACGACUACAAGGGAGACCGACUCAUUGUUGGAUCCCCCUCGUACAUGAAGGCCUUGUCCGGAAUCUUGAAAGACACAUCUCGGGAAACCAUCCUGCUUUUCCUGCAGUGGAAACUGGUGCAAGAAUUUGCCGGUGUUAUCGAAGAUGACUCAGUCGAGCCUCUCCGACGCUUCAAGAAUGAGCUUGCGGGCAAAGAGCCGCAGGCGAAAGAAGAGCGAUGGCGCCAGUGCCUUGGACGCCUCGAUGAAGGACUUGCGUGGAGUCUCAGCCGAUUCUACGUGCUUGACUCUUUCUCAGAAGGCUCCAAAAAGCUUGGGGAUCAGAUCGUCUCGGACAUCAAAGAGCGAUUUAUCUUCACCUUGGGCCAGACAAGUUGGAUGUCUGCCGAUGUGCGUAAGCUGGGCAUCCAGAAAGUCGAGAACAUUGUCCAGAAGAUUGGUUUCCCGACCAAGAGUCCCAACGUCUUGGACCCAGAAGAUGUGAAGAAAUAUUAUCGUGAUCUGGAGGUUUCGAAAGAUACAUUCUUUGAGAACGAAGUGGCUGUUGCGAGAUUCCUCCUUCGCGACGAAUGGUCUAAGCUUGGAAAGCCGACCAACCGUGAUGAAUGGGACAUGAGUGCUCCUACCGUGAAUGCCUACUACAACCCACCUGGAAACGAAAUUGUUUUCCCUGCUGGUAUCAUGCAGCCCCCAGCGUUCUAUGGGCCUGCUGCCCCAUUGUACUUGGCUUACGGUGCCUUUGGCGCCGUGAGUGGCCACGAGCUGUCUCACGCUUUCGAUUCUACUGGUCGACACUACGACGAAGUUGGCAACUACACUAAUUGGUGGGACGACAAGACCGUGGAUGCAUUCGAAGAACGAGCCCAGUGCUUUGUUGACCAGUACUCCAACUUUACCGUCACUGGGCCCGAUGACAAGGUUCUCCAUGUGAACGGUCGGUUGACUUUGGGUGAGAAUAUCGCAGACGCUGGCGGUCUUACUGCUUCAUUCCAUGCCUGGAAGAAACAUGACGAGGCGACGCCUGAUUUGCACCUUCCUGGCCUGGAGAAUUUUACUAAAGAGCAACUGUUCUUCAUCUCCUAUGGUAACUGGUGGUGUGGAAAGACGACAAAGGAGUCUGCCGAGCAGGCAAUCUACAACGAUCCGCAUGCGCCGAAGUCAGCACGCAUCAUUGAAACCAUGGCCAACUCCCGUGAAUUCAAAGACGCGUUUAGUUGCCCCCACAAGAAGCCAACAUGUAAGCUGUGGUGA